AUGCCGACCUUUACCUUGGCAAUCACACGAGGCGCAACGAACUCCAGGAACUCCAGCGACUUCAGAUGCGGCGCUACAGCCAAUGCCGCAUUCAUGGCGCAGUCCAAACGACUUGCGGAGGAAGAGGCCGAGGACUCGAUGCUGGGCCAGAGGUCCGCCGCAAAGAUCAACGUCGACGUGCAUAUUCACAUCGUCACACGGUCACAGGAUGAUACAGCGGGAGAUAUCAGCGACGACAUCGUUCACAAGCAACUUGAAGUCCUCAGAGCCGACUAUGCGCCGGCCGGCAUAUUCUUCGACCUCAAGACCAUCGAUCGAGCCAGCAACGCCACAUGGGCGAACGGUACUGAUCUCCACGGCAUGUGGCACCAGCUUCGCAGCGGCAACUAUGGAGACCUCAACCUCUACUUCGUUCCCACGCUCCAAUACUAUGGCUUCUGCUCGAUGCCAGCAACAGGCGACGACCUCGUCAACGGCAUCUGGCAAGACGGCUGCACCAUUCGCUCGGAUACUGUCCCAGGCGGCAGUGCAGUCAACUAUAACUUGGGCAAGACAGUGACCCACGAGGUCGGGCACUGGUUUGGGCUAUGGCACACUUUCGAAGGGGGCUGUGAUGGCGACGGCGACUUUGUUGACGAUACGCCUGCGCAAGCGGCCGCAUCAGACGGGUGCCCCCCUGAAGGACAAGAUUCUUGUCCUAACCAGCCUGGCCAGGAUGCUUUCCACAACUUUAUGGAUUAUUCUUUCGAUGCCUGCUACAGAGAGUUCACGCCUGGUCAAAUGACUCGGAUGAGGAAAGUAUGGUACGCGUAUCGAGCGUAA